AUGUUCGCGUUGGACAAACUCCUUAGCAGCCUCGACCGAAAAGAACUGAUUCUGCUAGUUUGGCGUACACUGUCGGGAUCGCUGGAAGAGGCCGUCAGCACGGUUGCAGAGCUAGAGACACGUUUACGAAGCGUGGCCAGAGACUGCAUCUGUGUGCGCUGGAAGAAGAUGGUCUCGUGGCGACUGAACAGCCUUCCACGAGCCUAG